UCGUUUUCCCCUGGCUGCUGCUCGUGGCUAUAAGCGGCGCUGCAUCAAAACAAUACGUGUCACAGAGAAAAGCUUGGCCGCCACCCCCACUGCAGCUCUUGCAGCAGAAUUAAUCCAAGCUAAAUUAUUCAAGACGACAGCUUCGGGGCUCUUCUCGCAAUGCCGGCCGUCGACAAACUUCGCCUGGACGAGGCUUUACAGGAUAGUCCGCAGACUCGCUCGUUGCUGAGUGUGUUUGAAGAAGAUGCAGGAACACUUACAGACUACACCAACCAGUUGCUUCAGGCAAUGCAGCGGGUUUAUGGGGCUCAGAACGAAAUGUGCCUGGCAACACAACAGCUCUCCAAGCAGCUUCUAGCCUAUGAGAAACAGAAUUUUGCCCUGGGUAAAGGGGAUGAAGAAAUGAUCUCUACUCUUCAGUACUUCUCCAAAGUUGUGGACGAGCUUAACAUUCUGCAUACUGAAUUGGCCAAACAACUCGCAGACACAAUGGUUCUCCCCAUCAUCCAGUUUCGGGAAAAAGAUCUCACAGAAGUAAGCACUCUGAAGGAUCUCUUUGGCCUUGCAAGCAAUGAACAUGAUGUCUCCAUGGCAAAGUACAGCAGAUUACCCAAAAAGAGAGAAAAUGAAAGGCUGAAGGCAGAAGUCGCCAAAGAAGUGGCCAAUGCCCGGAGGAAACAGCAUCUCUCAUCUCUGCAAUAUUAUUGUGCCUUGAAUGCUUUACAGUACCGCAAAAGAGUAGCUAUGAUGGAGCCCAUGCUGGGAUACACACGCUCACAGAUUAAAUUUUUUAAAAAGGGAGCAGAGAUGUUUUCCAAAAAAAUGGACAGCUUUUUAUCGUCUGUUUCAAACAUGGUUCACAGCGUUCAGGAAGAAUUGGAUACUGAGGCCGAAGCCAUGCGGGUUUCUCAACAAGACCUCCUUUCUGGGAACGAAUCGGUUUACACACCUGAUUUUGAUGUGGCCUCUCCCGUCAUUAACAGAAACCUGAUUCAGAAGGCAGGCUACCUUAACCUUAGGAAUAAAACAGGCUUGGUGACUACAACAUGGGACAGAUUGUACUUCUUCACUCAAGGUGGAAACCUGAUGUGUCAGCCCAGGGGAGCAGUUGCGGGAGGACUGAUCCAAGAUCUGGACAACUGCUCUGUCAUGGCAGUCGACUGUGAAGACCGGCGAUACUGUUUUCAGAUCACCACUCCCACCGGAAAACUUGGCAUAACCCUUCAGGCAGAGAGCAAAAAAGAAUAUGAGGAGUGGAUAUGUGCAAUCAACAACAUCUCACGACAGAUCUAUCUCACCGACAAUCCUGAAGCAGUGGCCAUCAAAUUAAAUCAGACAGCACUGCAAGCCGUGACCCCGAUCACAAGCUUUGGGAAAAAGCAGGAACGUCUGUGUCCCAGCCAGGAUGUGAAGAAUAUGGAGAUACCAAAUGACAGGAUGGUCCCUAAUGAACCUGCCAGCGUUCCAGACUCAGCUGAGCUAAUUGCACCUGGAACACCAAUCCAGUUUGACAUUGUGCUGCCUGCCAUGGAGUUCCUGGAUCAGAACAGGGGUGGCAGACGCACAAACCCAUUUGGAGAGUCUGAAGAUGGCCAAAAAGAAGAUGAAGAAGAUUCACUCUUGCAGCAGAUGUUCGUAGUUCGCUUUCUAGGGUCUAUGGCCGUCAGAUCUGAUCAAACAGUGGAAGUGAUCUAUGAAGCCAUGAGGCAGGUGCUGGCAGCUCGAGCCAUUCACAACAUCUUCCGUACGACAGAAUCCCACCUCUUGGUCACCAGCCAUGAUCUGAAAUUAAUAGAUCCUCAAACCCAGGUUACAAGGACAAGUUUUGAACUUGCCAGUGUGACACAGUUUGCUGCCCAUCAAGAUAACAAGAGGCUUCUUGGGUUUGUGGUUUGUGAUGCUGAGUCUCCAGGUGAAGAUUCCAAGAGCGCAUAUGUCUUUGAGAGCAACACAGAAGGCGAAAAGAUUUGCUAUGCAAUAAGCCUCGGAAAGGAGAUCAUUGAGGCUCGUAAGGAUCCAGAAGCACUAGCUCAGUUAAUGUCAUCCAUGCCCUUGACCAAUGAUGGAAAAUUCAUGCUACUGAAUGACCAGUUGGAAGAAGAUGCUGGUGUGCAUGGAGAUGGACAGGAAGAGUCUGAAGCAUAAUCUAGAGGAUUUGAUGUUGCACAUAAUAGGUCAAAUUCUGUGCUCUCAGUUAUGAUCCAUUGUGAGUGGGUUCUUCUUGGUGAUAGAAUAGGAGGAGAACUGGGCAUGGAUUCUUGGUGUGGUGACAAUCUUUGAAGUUCUUACAGCAAUCAGCACCAAGUCACCUGCUGCUAGCAUUUAGGAAAGCUUGGUGGCCUACCAGCAACGUUUUUAAUGCAAAACAUACAUACACAGUGGGGCUGUUCUUGAGAUGCUGAGCCACCUUUGCUCCCCUGUGUUAUUUCCUUAGGAAUCAGACCAUAAAGUCCAGCUACUUUGAGUUUCCUACUGUAAUCAGGACUAUGUGCACUCCUUGAAUUGAUUGUAUUCAGACAGCAUAAUUUUGCAAUCUGUGUAAGUUAUGUAAAUGUAAAUUUCUGCUUAUGGUGGUCAGGGGAGGAUCAAGCUUCACCCCCCCUGCCCCCAUGGUUUCUUAAGAUUUAACCAAGCAUUGCAGCCAACUGUUCAAUUUCAUCUUCUUACCCACACUGGAAAGAGAUUGGAGGGUCUCGAAAGACCAGAUGCUGCCCUCAGUAACAUACCUGGAAUACACACAGCUCAAUGAAAUCUUUUUUCCCCACAGUCUAGUCCUGUAUCUUAACAGUUCAAAAGAAAGGCACUGCUUAAUUCCAUGUGAAGUUGUUUUAGGCUCUCGUGUACUUUUAAAAGUAUAACACUAUUUUGUGCUAGGCUGUUUACAAAACCAUUUGAUAAACACUUUUUUCCUAUUAAUAUCUAUUUUUAUACUGUAGCUGGAGCAAGCUUUUAAUAUUAUUCUAAGUGCCUACCAUUUUUGUGUGGACCAUAUUUGUACAUUAAGUGAAGUAGGCAUCUGAGCCCAGAAAGUUAGCAAGUGGGCCAGAUGCUGUGCAUUGCCUGUGUACAGGCUUUGGUACUUGCUCCCCAGCUGUGUGUGUGGGGGAAAUGGCAGCAAACAUCCUGUCAGAACCAGAAGGGGGUUAAGUAAUUAAAUAAAUAUUCCUCCCCCAAUUUAACCUGAAAGGGGCCUUCAAGCAAGUUGCAGAAAAUAGCAUCUCUGCACUUUAGUGGCAAAGCAAGGCCCAGGGAAACCUGUUUCUUCAGAAGACAAAACUGUUAAGUAUAAUCUCGUGUGCAAUUUAAUGAUGCUCAUGGAUCAGCACAGAAUUGGGAAGUACCAAAACAACAAAAAUUCUAGUCAUUUUUAAAUGCAAGUAACAUGCAAGAACAGAGCUGGAUCUAACAAAGAAGAUUAUUUUCUUUGUGGGUAUUUUAUAAGUAAACGUUUUAAUGUUAAAGCAAAGUCUA